GCCUCAGAACAACAUGAAGGUCGUCUCCACUGCUGCCAACAUCUCAAUGAUGCUCGGGGUCGUCGCUGCCAGUACCGACCAUGCCAGUCGCGUGUUGGUUCUUGGAGGAGGAGCUGUCCCAGUUGGCACAAAGAAAUACACGACUGGCAUCCGCCCUACCAUCGAUGGCGAUAACUUUUGCGCUGGAUCGUUGAUCGCUCCCACCAAAGUUCUAACUACGGCUGCGUGCCUGGGUAUCUCCAAGCCGGCGAAUUGGGUGUCCGUGGGUACACAUUACAUCAACGGCACGCAAGACGGCGAGCAGAUCAGAGUUGUGGCUGCUCAAAACCACACGGACUACAACGACAUCAACGGCUCGUACGAUGUUGCGGUGCUAACGCUGGAGAAACCCAGCAAAUUCACACCUGUGAAGCUGCCUGCUGCUGAUGACUCCGAUACCGUCUCUGGUAUGUGGUCCAAGGUUGUCGGGUGGGGUUACACGAGCUUCCCCAACGGCACCAAGUCCUACGAACUGCAGGGUGUGAGCCUGGAGGUCUGGAGCAACACAGAUUGUGCCCAAAUCUACCCUCUCGACGACACGAUGGUUUGUGCUGGAGGAGUCGUUGGAAAGGACUCCUGUGGCGGUGACGGGGGUGGUCCACUGAUUAAGGAGCGUGGCCCAGGCGAUGAAGAUGACAUUGUCAUCGGAUUGGUGAGCUGGGGAUCCGAUUGUGGAGUGGGGUACCCCGCUGUGUAUUCACGCGUGUCGAAAGCCAUGACCUGGAUUAACUCUGUUCUCAAGGGAUAAUGAAACCACGGCAUCUAAAUGCUGGACAACUCAUGCCGAUGUCAAAGCUUUCUUGAGUAGUAGUACCUUGAAGUCAAGAAAUUGAGCGGGUUAUCUCCAAUAGACAGUCACC